GACUUGUUGGUAUAAAAGCUCCCUCUCUCACAUGCAGUCCCAUAUCUCCUGUGUAUUUUUGGGGGGGUAGCGAGUGCGCGUGCGUGUGUGUGUGUGUGUGUUGAAAAGAAAAGAAGACUGCUUGUGCCCUUGCAGUGCCGAGGACUGAUAACUCCCCAGGAUGCAUCAGCUGCUACUGGUGGCCUUAGUGCUGGGGCCACUCUGUUGUCUAGGGAGCUUGGAUACUUCAUCUUAUGACAAGAUAGUAUACCACAGUCGCAUACGGGCCAGGACGGAAGGACCCAAUGUCUGCGCUCUACAGCAGGUCCUGGGGACUAAAAAGAAGUACUUCAGCACAUGUAGGAACUGGUACAAAGGCUCCAUCUGUGGCAAGAAGGCCGUGGUCCUUUAUGAGUGCUGUCCUGGGUACAUGAAGCUGGACGGCAUGAGAGGAUGCCCUGCAGUGGUUCCCAUUGACAAUGUGUAUGGUACGCUGGGGCUCGUCAAGGCUACGACCACACAGCAAUACUCUGACAUGUCAAAGCUGAGAGAGGAAAUUGAAGGGAAAGGCUCCUACACCAUGUUUGCCCCAAACAAUGAUGCUUGGGAUCAGCUGGACCCUACCAUACGGUCUGCACUUGUGAGCAACGUGAACAUCGAGCUGUAUAACGCUCUUCACUUCCACAUGGUGAAUCGGCGUCUUCUGACCAAAGACAUGAAGAACGACAUGACUGUCACUUCCAUGUACAAUGACCUGGGGCUCUACAUCAACCACUACUCAAAUGGGGUUGUGACAGUGAACUGUGCCAGGAUCGUCCAUGGUAAUCAGGUGGCCACAAACGGUGUGGUGCACGUCAUUGAUCGGGUCAUUACCGCUGUGGGCAACACCAUCAAGGACGUCCUGGAUAACAGUGAUGAGCUCUCCUCCUUCAGUGCUGCAGUGUUGGCUUCUGGUAUGAUGGACAAGCUGGACCAGUCAGGCCAUUAUACCUUGUUUGCUCCCACUAAUGAAGCCUUUAACAAAUUGAGCCCAGGCCACCUGGAGCGCAUUAUGGAGGACAAGGCUGUUAUUGUAGCCCUGGUGAACUACCACCUGUUGAACAGUGUGCAGUGUGCAGAAGCAAUCAUGGCAGGGAAUGUGUAUGAGACCGCAGAGGGCAGUAAAAUAGAAAUUGGUUGUGAUGGCGACAGUCUGACAGUGAAUGGCAUCAAUAUGGUGCUGAAGAAGGACAUUGUCACCACUAAUGGGGUCAUCCACCUCAUCGACCAGGUGCUCAUCCCUGACUCAGCCAAGGAAGGGAAGGAGCUGAUGGGAGACUCCCAGAGCACUUUCAGCGACAUGGUGUCUGAAUUAGGCUUAGCUGCUUCCCUGGGUCCAAAGACGGAGUACACACUACUUGCUCCUCUCAACACUGCCUUCACUAAUGAGGUGAAGUCAACAGACCAGAAUCUGCUGAGACUCAUUUUGGAAAACCACAUCGUGAAGUUCAAAGUUAAACUGAGUGAGCUUUACAAUGGACAGCUGCUGGAAACACUGGGUGGCAAACUGCUCAGAGUCUUCAUUUACCGCACUGCUGUGUGCAUAGAAAAUGCAUGUAUGGUGCGCGGCAGUAAAGAGGGAAGCAAGUCUGCCGUCCAUGUUAUGAAAUCCCUCAUCAGACCUGCAGAGAAAUCAAUCUACCAGCUCCUGGUUGCUGACGGACGGUUCAAGAUUUUCCUGUCGCUGAUGGAGACCGCAGGUCUGACUGGGCUGCUGAAGCAAGAAGGCUCUUACACUGUCUUCGCACCAACUGAUGAUGCGUUUGAUGGUCUCAGUAGAGAAGACUUGGCUUUGCUCAAAAGUGAUCUGAAUGCUUUGAGGAUCAUUCUGCUGUACCACUUCAGUAAUGGUAUCUUCAUCAAUGGAGGAUUAGAGGGAGGAGUUACCAAUCUGCUCAAAACCCUCCAGGGCAACAACCUGCAAGUUUUGUCUGUAAACAACUCUAUUCAUGUCAACUCUGUGGAUGUGCCAAAAAGUGACCUGAUGGCGAAAAAUGGUGUGAUCCAUGUGGUGAAGAAUGUCCUCUAUCCUGCCGACCUUCCUGUGGGCCGCCAGGACCUCCUGGUCCUCCUGAAGAAAUUGAUUAAGUACAUCCAGAUAAAGUUUGUUUCUGGAUUUUCUUAUGCUGAGAUCCCACUCACCUUCCUCAAGAGUACCAUCACAACUACACAUUAUUUUGAAACAGUCCCUGAUGUAAAAAAGGUGACCAGGGUUAUUGAGGGGGAGCCAGUCAAGGUAACAAGAGUAAUCGAGACAGAACCAGUAGUCACUAAGGUGGUCAUCGAGGGGGAGCCGGUGAUUACCAAAGUAACCAGGGUCAUCGGGGGAGAUCCUUUGGCCACAAAAGCUACCAGGGUCAUUGAAAGACAGCCUACCAUCACCAAGGUUACAAGAGUCAUCGCAGGUGGAGCUCUUGAUACAGAUGGAAAAACAGGUGGAGCCAGAUUCCCCACGGUGAACGAGCCUUAUAUCAUUGAGGGCCCAGACUUCUCUAAGAUUACCACCAUCCACAGCAACCUAAAUCAGAUCGAUGAGGAAUCAGAGAGAAUCACCAAAAUCAUUCAAGAGGGAGGUAGAUUCGCUGCGGCCAAGAGAGCUCCAGCUGGAAUGAAGAGGAGAGCAAGGCCAGCCAGGCGUCACUCCAAGCCAAGAGAGUGAAUCUUACAGAAACUAAACACCUUCUCGCUCACUGCAGAGACUGAAUCCAUCUCCAGUGCUCCUGGUCGAGCGCUGGAGGAUCGAAAAACUGUGGACCAAUAGGGAGAGAUCAAAUCAAUCUAGCUAUUUUUUUGUCCAAACCAUCAAUAGGAAUCCCUAAGAUUGUUUACUAUUUCAUCUAGACCAUACUGUAUUUGAUAGGUAUUAUGUAUAAACUCAUGCAAUGAAAUUAGCAUACCCUUCAUGUAAGUAAUGUAAGUGUGCAAGGGAAAUAUAAACUUUUGCUGUGAGGUGAUGGUGUGUCAGGUGAGAUAUAUUCUUCCACUGAGAGAAAUUUUUUAAAGGUUUGCUUUUAUGCUUUUUAUGGUGCUUGCAUUCUUUGCAAUGGAUGCAUUUUAAUGACUAGGACGAGUCAAACAGUGUCAAACAGUGUUUUGCUAGCAUUAUAUGCUGUACUGUACCACUGUAAAUUAUCACAUGGUAAUUAAAGACUACCGUGAAUUUUUA